AUGGUAUUCUACUACAAGACCUGUGACGAUUCGUACCUUGUGUACGUCGGUAAAGAUAAGCACGAAAACGAGCAGCUCAUCGCGCACGGCUGGGAAAACGACGUCUGGUUCCAUGUCGACAAGCUCUCCUCAGCCCAUGUCUACCUCCGUCUCAAGGACGGGGAGACCAUCGACUCCAUCCCAGAGAGCGUUCUGGAGGACUGCGUACAGCUCGUCAAGCACAACUCCAUUGAGGGGAACAAGAUGAGCAACGUCGGUAUCGUCUACACCUACUGGUCAAACUUGAAAAAGACAGGCGAUAUGGCCGUGGGCCAGGUCAGCUUUCAUAACGUCAAGGCCGUCAAGAGAUGCAAGGUUGACAAAAGAGUUAAUGAGAUUGUCAAUAGACUCAAUAGAACUAAGACCGAGGCUUUUCCUGACUUGGCCGCCCAGAAAACAGCCAGGAUCAAGGAGCUCAAUCGAAGGGCUAGGGAAGCUCUCAAGCACCAAAAGGAGGCUGAAAAGGCCUUGAGGGAACAGAGAAUGAAGGAAAAGGAGGCACUCUCGUAUGAUAACAUUCAUAAAGAAGAGAAAAUGUCAAGUAACAAGGAAUUCUUUGGCAAUCACACCGAAUUCGAGGAUGAUUUCAUGUGAUCACAUCCAAUGGCAACCACCAAAA